GGAGCCGGAGGGCGGGAGGCCGCGGCGGUUUGGGCUGCGCCUGUCAGCGCGGCGGCGGGAUGGCGGCGCUGUACGCCUGCACCAAGUGCCACCAGCGCUUCCCCUUCGAGGCGCUCAGCCAGGGCCAGCAGCUCUGCAAGGAGUGCCGGAUCGCGCAUCCCAUCGUUAAAUGCACCUACUGCAGGACUGAAUUCCAGCAGGAAAGCAAAACCAACACAAUAUGCAAGAAGUGUGCUCAGAACGUGAAGCUCUAUGGCACACCAAAACCUUGCCAGUACUGCAACAUCAUCGCAGCGUUCAUUGGCAACAAGUGUCAGCGCUGCACAAACUCAGAGAAGAAGUACGGACCUCCCCACUCCUGUGAGCAGUGCAAGCAGCAGUGUGCCUUCGACAGGAAGGAUGACAGAAAGAAGGUGGAUGGAAAGCUGCUCUGCUGGUUAUGCACACUGUCCUACAAACGGGUCCUACAGAAGACCAAAGAGCAGUGCAAGCACCUGAGCAGCUCCUCCCGAGCCAGCCUGCAAGAGAAGGAGCAGUACAGCAGGCUGAGCAGCGGCAGCCAUUACAACAGCCAGAAAACCUUAUCCACCUCUUCUAUUCAGAAUGAAAUCCCAAAGAAGAAAGCCAAGUUUGAUGCCAUAUCUGCCAAUGGUGACAGCGUUCCUUCCUCUCCCGAGACGCUUUGCCCCCCUAUCCAGAGUGCCCCGUCCACGUUGGCGCAGUGGGCUGCUUCCCAACAGAGUCUCGGUGCCCACCAUUGUCCUGUUUCUCAAGGCACUGACAUCCUGAAUUUUUCCCCGGACCUCGCCCUGGACUCUCCUGGCACCGACCACUUCGUUAUCAUUGCCCAGCUGAAGGAGGAGGUGGCCACCUUGAAGAAGAUGCUGCACCAGAAAGAUCAGAUGAUUUUGGAGAAGGAGAAGAAGAUCACGGAGCUGAAGGCUGACUUGCAGUACCAGGAGUCACAGAUGAGAGCAAAGAUGAACCAAAUGGAGAAGACUCACAAGGAGGUCAUGGAGCAGUUACAGGCCAAGAACAGAGAACUCCUGAAGCAAGCAGCUGCCCUAUCCAAGGGCAAAAAACCUGAGAAGUCGGGAGCAAUAACCUCCCCUUAAAACCAAACCCCCAGUGUGGGAGCUUUCCCCAGCAUUAGCCAAGGAGUCUAGGAGGCCUGCCCGACCGCUGGAAGCCAAAACCUCCGUGCUGUCACUCUCCCACUGCUGUGGACUCGAUGGAAACGCCUGGGCUGUGUUGCCUUUCGACAGCAUGCUUGAGUGUGUCUGGUCUCUGAACUCUGUUCUGUCUCAUGGCGCUCCGUGGGAGAGGUCCCAGCACCCCAAAGCCCCGAAGCUCCGCUGACUGGAAGGACUGAGCAGCUGCUACCACUGCCAACUCUUUGUAUUAGCAAACAGGAACCUGCUGCAUUACAGACUGCUUGCUGGUUUCAGACCUGCUGCUGUGAGGCAAUAGCCAUGGCCAGUCGUCCUGCAGAUGAGGCGGGAGCUGUGAGGUGGGGGCUUCAUUCCUCUGGACUGUUCCCUCUCGGAAAGGAAGCCGAUGCAUCACCAGCCCAGCAGCUGUUCUGGAAGGCUGGGAACGGUUCGUCCAUCCUUUGAGAAGGCUUCCAAGAUGGGGGCUGUGUAUUUAUCUGGGAGGGUUGGGGGGGGGGUUGUGUGUUUUUUCUUUUUUUUCCCCCCCCUCUUUUAUUUUUCCACGUCAGCUUGACAAACUUCACCGCUUGGUUUUGGUUUUGGUGACGACAGCUUUUGGGUUAUGAGCCAGAGGGGAGCAGUGCCUCCCCAGAGCCGCUUCGUCCCCCGGUGCCGCGCUCACUUGGUGGCCUCUGGGCCUCGGUGUGACGGAGCAUCGACUCCAUCUCUUGACAUCGGCACGAUUCGAGGCUUGGCCGCGUCCUGCUCUCCCUCAGACCCCGCACUGGGUUCGCCCUGCCCCUCCGCUCCCUUCCAGAUGCAGGGGCCAGGAAAAGUGCUUACAGAGGCAGCGUCCCAAGCCAGCAAGCAUUGCUCGGGGCUCCGCGGGGACGUUUCUCACUGCCAACCCAAAGCCAGCAGGAUGAAAGGGCUUCGAAAGCUCCCCGCGCUUCUCAGCAACGGGACGAGCGGAGCCCGCAGCCCCUUCUGCUGAGCCGGGGGGGGGCGGGCGCUGCCCGGGCGCCUCGGGGGGGCACAGAAGCGCCUGGAGGAAGCGGCGGUUUGCUCCGUGCUGAAGAAGCGGCUCGGGGCGGAGGGGGGGGAUGAGCGCGUAGUGUGGAGCAGCGCCGAGGGUCGGUAGUGAAAAGGAGAAGCUGCCCUCCGAGGCGGGGCUGCUCGCUCUGCUGGGCUUUUUAUCCAGCUUUUAACUUUGUGAUAGGGGGGGUUUGGGGAGGGGGGGGGUGUUUUUCCUGCUUUUUUGUUGUUACUAAAGCUGACUUGACUUAAAGGCACUUUUGGAUGAUGUUGGCUUCCGGCAUGGAAGGAGCACGCGCUGCAGCAUCACACACUGCCGCAUCUUUCGGGUUUUGUUCUCUCUUUCUUUUCUAAGAGGUUUCUGAUGUGAGGGAAAGGGAAGAAAAAAAAAAAAAAAAAAAAAAAAAAGGGUUGUUAUGCUUUGCCAGAGUGCAACAGCUGGAAAAUCCUCACCUGAUUUUAUACUUCACACGUUUUUAGACAAUGAGGUGCAUGGGUGGGAUUCUUUUUAAACGGGGGCUCUGCUUUUUUGUCUGCUUCCCUCCCCAAACAGAGCCACGGAGGGGGGAGGGAUGGAGGCCCUGCGGACACUAUGGAGGUUUUCUGUUGUUUUGUUUUUUUAAUGGUGACAAAAACAAAAACCAAACCCACCACCAAACAGGUUGAGUAGCGGCUGAUUUGUAGUAACAGCAUCGUUUCCUUUGUAUGUUUGUAAUAACGGAGAUUUUAAAAAGGGAUGCUUUGAUUUGUACCAAACUCUGACAAAUGUUAAAGCCUUUUCCAAAAUGCUCA